AUGAGCCAUAUUCCCCUCGCACGCCAGCUGCCAACGCCGCACAAACUCCUCAUCACAAGGCCUCUCGAAAACAACUGUACUGCUGAGCUCGUUGAGCAUGGCACUAAUACCCGCCUGAAUGAGAUGGUCUUUGAGAUAAUGCGCGUUUCGAAGGCAUUUCUGGACUUCCUUCUGGAAGCCUUUGUAGCCCUUGCGGUUGAGAGUGUACCAGAGGAAGAUUGGGGCGUGACCGUUUCGGCUGCCCAUGAUUGUGGCGUCUCGGGAGGCGAGGUAUUCCACGUUGCUCGAGAGGGAGUUGAUGUGUUUGAGGCGGGUGAGCUGGACCCCACAAGGCAUGGGGCAGCCCACGAACUUGGGGGGAGGGUAGAAUACCUUUUUUACAAAGGGCAUCAUAAGCCCGAAAAGGGCGCCAUCACAAUGGAUGUAGAACCUAUCGUGAGAAAAUCCACAUUCCUCGAGUGUCUGUAUAACAAGAUCGAGAUCAUCAACAGCCCCUUUCACAGUAGUUCCUGCAAUUCGGGUGAUAUAAAUUGA